AACCGUGCCGAGGGGAGCUGUCGCUGGUGUGCUGCCUGUCUCGCCGUUGUGUCCGCUGCAUGGCUUGUGUUGCCGGCGCUCAGCAUCGUCUGUGGAGCUGCAGGAGGAGAGCUAACGCCAGCGCCAGCCCAGCCUGUCUGCUGCGAGGCAACGUUUCACCAGGAGCCACGGUCUUGUCUGUUGGCGGAUGUCUCGUCGCCUCCCUCUGAGGUUGGAGGCCUGUGGGAGUGGAGAGGAGGCUCUGCAGCAGCAGUGAUGCGGACUACAGCGGCCGGCUGCAGGAUGAGCGUGGGUGCGCUUCUAAACGGGCUGCUGGUGUCCGUAGUUGCAGCUCUGCUUUGGAAGUAUUCUAAGCUGAGUGAGCACGCCGCCCUGCUGGAGGAAGAGCUGCACAUGACACGGAAGUCCCAGGAGCUUUCGCAGGCCCACAUCGACUACCAUGUUGCCCUGCAGGCUCUUCAGGAGCAUGGCACCCGCAUGGUCUGCACCGGCAAGAUGCACACCGACCGCGUCUGCCGCUUUGACUACCUCUGCUACUGCUCGGAGGCAGAGGAGUUUGUGUUCUUCCACUCCAACUCCUCUGUUAUGUUGCCCAACCUGGGGUCUAGGCGCUUCCAACCUGCCCUGCUGGACUUGUCCUCAGUAGAAGAUCACAACACCCAGUACUUUAACUUUUUAGAGCUCCCAGUGGCUGCUUUAAAGUUCAUGCCCAAGCCUGUGUUUGUACCAGAUGUGACACUAAUCCUUAACCGGUUUAAUCCAGACAACCUAAUGCAUGUGUUCCAUGAUGACCUGAUCCCAGCCUUCUACACUAUGAGACAGUAUUCCGACUUGGAUGAUGAGGCGCGUUUGGUUUUUAUGGAGGGCUGGGCUGAAGGCCCACACUUUGACCUCUACAGACUUCUCAGCAGCAAGCAGCCGCUGCUCAAAGAACAGCUGAGGAACUUUGGCAAGCUCAUGUGUUUUACUAAAUCUUAUGUUGGCCUGUCUAAGAUGACCACCUGGUACCAGUACGGUUUUGUUCAACCCCAGGGGCCCAAAGCCAACAUGUUGGUCUCAGGAAAUGAGAUCCGGCAGUUUGCCAGGGCUCUGAUGGAGAAAAUGAACAUCACAAGCGAAGAUGGAGGGAGUGCUGAAGAUGAUAAAGAGAAAAAGGCUGAAUACAUAGUUGUGUUUAGUCGUUCAGCAACAAGGCUGAUCGUGAAUGAAGCAGAGCUAAUCAUGGCACUGGCCCAGGAGUUCCAGAUGAAAGUGGUCACAGUGUCCCUGGAGGAACAGUCUUUCCCUGGUGUCGUCCAGGUGAUCAGCGGGGCGUCCAUGUUGGUCAGUAUGCAUGGGGCUCAGCUGAUCACCUCGCUCUUCCUACCCAGAGGAGCUGCCGUAGUGGAGCUGUUCCCUUUUGCAGUAAACCCAGAGCAGUACACUCCGUAUAAAACCCUAGCCACCCUCCCAGGCAUGGACCUUCACUACAUCUCCUGGAGAAACACCAAGGAGGAGAACACCAUCACCCACCCAGACAGACCCUGGGAACAAGGGGGCAUCGCUCACUUGGAGAAAGAGGAGCGAGAGCGAAUACUGGCGAGCAAAGAUGUCCCCCGACACCUGUGCUGCCGCAACCCUGAGUGGCUCUAUCGGAUCUACCAGGACACUUUGGUGGACAUCCCUUCCUUUGUGGAAGUCCUCAAAGAGGGCAUGAAGACAAAGCCCAGCAUGAAGAAGUUAAAGUCGACCAGCACAGUCCACCCAGGCAGGGUCAGAGAAGCCCAGUGUCAGACCUUAGUCCAAACCCCUAACGAGGCUAAACUCACCGUCUCCUGGCAGAUCCCGUGGAACCUGAAGUACCUGAAGGUGAGAGAGGUGAAGUACGAGGUGUGGAUCCAGGAGCAAGGAGAGAACACCUACAUGCCUUAUAUCCUCCCCCAGCAGAACUACACCUUUUCAGAGAACAUUAAGCCCUUCACCACCUACCUGGUGUGGGUCAGGUGCAUCUUCAACAAGAACCUCCUGGGCCCUUUUGCAGAUGUUCUGAUGUGCAGGACCUAACACAAACACUACACAAAGCUUGUUCCAGACAGCAGUUGGAACAGUUAUUUGUCAAAUCUGUCUAAUCCUAGAGCAGGCUGCUCAACUCUGGGCCUGUACAGACCACAUAGACACUGAACCACAGGGUCAGAACUUAACAGAAUCGGCCGUUAAUUAAUGGAGAGUGUAUUUCCUGUACCUAUGAAAGAAGUGAAAGUGCUAUGUCUCUACUGAAAAUACCAGAACUUAAAUCAGCAGAUUUAUUUAUGUGCAAAUAAUAUAUAACAUGUUUUUUACGUAUAAGUCCAAACACCGGUUCUUUACCUUUUACAGUAUGCAAUAUAGCUUUUCUGUGAAGAUCCUAAAAAGAUUUUAGACUAGCAAGAUUUGUUUUCUGACUUGUCCAGUGUCUCUUGUGUGCGUGCUAGCUGUGUGGCUUAGUUUACCUUCCAGCUGUCUGAUUCCAUACACCAUUAUCUGUUGAACCUAGCCAAAACCAAAGCAACAUCAUUCACGCCAUAUUACUUUUUCAUGUUACACAUCCCUCACUCUUCUAAUGGUGGCUCACAUUUAGACAGUUUUAAAAUGAGUCUCUAAAGACAUGGUAAAGGACUGGUGUAAGAGUACUGUUAAGCACAAGUUUUCAUGAAUGCUACAGUAAUCCAUGUUUCUGGGAUAGGUGGAAUUUUAGUCUAUGGAGCAUUUUGUGAUGAAAGAUCUUUAAACGGUUCUCUUCCAAGUGUUUGUGUUUCCACAGUGCCCUAAAGGAUUUCCCUUUAAUUGGCACUGAUUACAACCAUAACUAUAAUAAUUUGAGUGGAGAGUGAAUCGAUUACACCAGGCUAUAAUUAGUAGACAGUCAGAUUUUACUGCAUUUACAUUAUGAUAAGAAGGCAUGUUGCUGCAUAGGAUUUACUAAAGUGAAAUUCCCAGCUAUACGUCUUAACUGUUUUUUCGAAGUUGUCCUGGCUGUUAAUUACAAUGUUGACAUUGAAACGCACAUGUGAAGCAGGUUGUUUCCUCGUGUUUCUAAGAAAGUGCUGCUUGUUGGUUGGUCUGUGUGAGUAUGUGUUGCAGCAAGAGAUGGUUUAUGGCACAAGUUAAAAACUGCCCCCAACGUGUGUGAUAUUGUGCGAUUGUUACUUCAUAUCAAUGAGCACUACAUUGGCCUCUUUGUUCACUGAUAUUUUCUUCUAAAUUUCUGAUGCAGUUCUGUUGCUGAUGCACGUUUAAGAGAUUGCCAUUGUUGUGUGUGCAGGAUGUGAUGUGUUUGUAUUGUUGGCUAGAUUUGUGCGUGCCAACUGUCCCAACUCAGUAUGUGCUCAGUGAAACCUUUUCUACAUUAGCAAAUAGUUGGAGUUUUUUUCCAGUGACUGUGAUUGAAUAAAUAAGCUUAUUUCUCAGAGUA